AUGUGCGAUGGCAACCCAUCCAUGCCCUUUGAGUCCGUCUCCGCAGACUUCUUCACAGUCGCUGGCAAGUCCUUUCUUGUCAUUGCGGACAGACUCUCGGGAUGGCCUGUGGUUGUCCCAUGUGGUGCGGACACCACAGCCACAUGCACCAUCCAGAUGUUCUACCGCUAUUUCCAGGAAGUGGGUGUCCCCCUCCGUCUCCGCACUGAUGGCGGGCCCCAAUUUGCCAGUGCAGACUUCCAGAACUUCAUGGAGCGCUGGGGUGUUCACCACAUAGUGACUUUGCCGCACUAUCCCCAGUCUAAUGGCCAUGCUGAGGCGGCUGUCAAGUUGGUGAAGCAUCUCAUCUUGAAGACAGCCUCCUCCGGCAACAUUGAUACAGAGGAGUUUGCCAGAGGUCUCCUGGAGCUGCGUAACUCUCCCAACUAUACAGGACGGUCCUCUUCGCAACACCUCUAUGGCCUCCCUCUUCGGUCCUGCGUCCCUGCCCACCCAGAGUCCUUCUCCGCAGACUGGCAGAGCAAGACAGAGGAAUGCGACCGCCCGAGCUGA